ACACGAGCUCAGGGGAGUCAGCAUCUGAUGUAGAAAGUAAAGAUGCAUCAGACACAUCCAAAACAGUAUCUUUUUUAGACAGAGGCGCACAUACCAACGAUCCACCUGGGGGAUCAGUAACACGCACUCAAGGCGCAAAAGGAACCAGCCCAUACGAAGAGGGCAGAAGAACCAGAAGAAAUAUGUUACAACGCCAAACCUCCUAUAAAGAAGCGAUGACGCCUGUAUAUAAUUUGUCCAAUAAAGAGUUGAAUCUACACCAUUUAUCAGUCCUCAAUAAGGGACUUACAUUUAUUCCGGUCUGCAAACCAGACCCGUUCCAG